UUUCAUAGAGUCUUAAUUCUUAUCACGUUUUAUUCAAAUCACAUGUUCUUCAAAGUGCUACUUAAAAACGUGGCAGUCCAGGGUGUACGCCGCGACCCCAAAAGGGAAUAAGCGGUAGAAAUGGAUGGAUGGAUUUUAAAUAAACUCAGUUGGUAAAUACAAAACUCCAGCGAUAUCGUUGUUUACGGCAUUUAAAAACGACUUGCGGUCAUUACCGUUGCCAUAGUAGCGUAUGGCUUUUUUUUCUUUUUUUAAUGGCGGCGUCAGUCAACUGCGCACGCGCAACGAAAUGACAACAAUUAACCCGCCGGAAAGCGCGCAGCCGCCUUGUCACUUUGGAGACUUUCACAGAAGAUGGGCUGCUGCUUUAGCAAGGAGGCCGGGCCGGGCCAGACCACCGAGACCAGCAGCCUGCUUCAUCCCCCCGCCCAGGACGGCCUCCACGAGUCCGUGGAGCAAGUGAGGCAACAGGCUGUGGCCAUGGCUCAGCAUGUGUGCCUGGAGGAGGAAGAAGCCGGGCCGGCCCAGCGGAGCCCCCCCGACUACGACCAAGGUCACCCAGAACUUGACGGGAAAGCACGUGCGAUUAUUCGCGAGAAGAACCACGGAGCAGCGGUCUCUCACGAGGAGGAUUCAGCUAUUCUUGUCUCGGCCGGCACAAGCGUACAAGCGGACCCGGGAUCUGAAGCAGGCCUGACCCACUCCCCCGCGCACAGCUGUGACCCGGCUCCCUAUAUGGAGGUGCUCAGCCAGAGUCCAGCCAAACAGAACAUUAUGCAGAACGCCACACUCAGAGCCUUGUGGUUCACUCAGAACCACGAGGGCCAGAAGCUCCCUAAGCCUGAAGGAUUUUGGUCCGCUCCAGUUGACGCUGACACUGGCGACCCGAACUCUGCUCAACAGGUAUCUCUCAGAACCGAAGAUGGCAAGGAAAGCUGUAUUGUCACUGCAACACUGGGUCAGGACUUCCAAACGAGGACCCAGAGGUUCUACAGCAUCUGCUCAAUUGAUGACCUGGACCAUGAAGACCCCAGUCGCCCUCGAAUGUCUGCUUCACAGACCUCUUCACCUAUCCCUCUUGUAUCUGACCCACUACGCCUCAGCGGCGGUUCUGGAAACCUCCCGGACGCACAUGUUAGUGACCCACCGCCGCCAAGUCAAACCUCUGAAGGUGAUCAGUCAACGAUGAAGCUUUCGGACCCUUCAAAGGUUCAGACCUCAAAGGAAGAACCUGUCACUUUCCAGGAGAGUCUAGUGGACUCUGUCCAAUGUUCUGAACCAACCAGUGAAAGUCCCAAAGAAGUCCUUUCCAGUGACCUCCCAGAGCAGCACAUGGAGGACCCCUCAUCACUGCAAGGUGCAGUUUGCAGUGCAAGUCCAAGUGGGCAAGAUGAUGAUGAUCUCGCUGAAGUAUCCUCCCUCUGGACCGACUCCACAGUGCCUCCUGAACUAACUGCUUCGUCCCACCAUAGCGCUCUGACCACCUCCCCCUGGGGUCCUCUGUCCACAUCUGAAGAACAUGGACGCAGAGAACCUGAUGAAGACGCGAGUAUACCAAACAGUUCACCUGCUCAAGUCCAAGUCCCCUCAGAGAGUUCUGGACCAUGUCAUGGGUCGGAACAAGCAAGCCCUUGUGAGUGCCCGAGCGCGUUUUCCACGUCCGUGGAGGAGACCGGCAUGAAGGUAGAAGGUCCACAGCAAGAGAUUCCUCAAGUAGAACUUGCAAAUGGACCUGUGUGUGCUGGAGAGGACAUGAUGACUUCUGACACUGAUAUCGUCCAAGUGGACACCUGUGCAUGUCCAAACGGAACAGGUGUUCUGGAUGAGGUUUCCUCCCAGCAGCGAGGCCACGACUUCCUAGUGGAGCCGCACCAGCUGGACAUUUAUGCCUCCACCCCCUCCUAUGAAAUUCACUUCCUGGGUCAGGAGGCCCCGGCGCCCGCCGAGGAAGGCGAGUGCGAAGGUGGGAUGAGGGAGAUGGUGUCGGACCUGCUGGGAGAGGACUCCGACCCCUCCGGUUGCCACCUGGAUCCUGACUCCUGGAUCAGGCCCGCUGUGGAGGGAGAAUGCGAAGGAUGGGCCAAAGGGGCGCCGCCAAGCCAGGGAGGGAUGGGUCCAGAGGUUCUGUUGGGAGCGUUCCCAUACGGCGCCAUGAUCCCUGCGGUGCCGUGUGAGUGGGCGUGGCACACAGGGAACUCUCCAGCUACCCUGAACCCGGAUGCUGAGGUGUGGACCGGAUGCGACUACAAGUUCCUGCAGGCUCCGGAGCCAUGGAUGCUCCUCCCUCCACAGCAGACGUUACUUCAAGGCGACACCAGCCUGGCUCAGAUUGAGGCGUGUCCCGUAGUGGCGGAGAACCACAUCCAGCCAGAGCCCGACACAGACGCUCUGAUGGAACAGCUGAGAUCUGUGUUGGAGUUCUGUCUCAGCAGGGAGCACCUGGCCAAAGACUUGUACCUUCAGUCUCAGAUGGAUGACGACCAGUACGUCUCCAUAGCAACCCUGGCCGGCCUGGACGCCGUCAAGCACAUAAGUGCGGACCUUCAGCUUAUCACGGAUGUUGUCAAAACGCUGCCGCAUGUUCAGAUGGCACCUUGCGGACUAAAAGUGCGACCGAGUCAAAGUCAGUACGUCCUCAUCCUGCGCGAGAUCCCCAGCACCACAUCUCGAGAGGAAGUAGAAGCACUCUUCCGUGACGAAAACCUCCCCAAGUUCCUCAGCUGUGAGUUUGUCAGCAGCGACAACUGGUUCGUCACCUUUAGUUCGGAGGCCGACGCCCACCAGGCUUUCAAGUACCUGCGAGAGGAGGUGCAGGUGUUCCAGGGGAAGCCCAUCAUGGUGAGGAUGAAGGCCAAAACCACAACGUUCGCUUCCCGUGCGCCCGUCAACGGCUACAGCCCGGCCCAGGUCAACAUCAUGGGCGAUCAGUCUUUUCUGCCCCCAACCGCCUACCAGCAGAUGUACGAUUUUGCCUACCCUGCCUGGUCCGAUUCGGCAUACUCCGAUAGUGCUGAGCCGCCUGAACUCAAUGGCGCUCUGAAUGGGUUCCCAGCAGCUCCUCGCUUCAAGCCUCACGUCCCACGCAGGAACAGCAGGAGGGGCGCGAGGACGUCCAGCUUGGAUCAACUCACAAAUCAGCACUCCUCACACCCAGCGGAGCAGAGCUCAGAAGAAGGCUCCUCGUUCUCGAGGUCGGGUCGGGGUUGGUCGCACUCUCGAGGAAAUGCGUCUCAUCAUAACAGAAGGUCUUUAAAUGGAAACCGGGGGAGAAGAGAGAACCCACGUUCGGGUGCCAAAACGUUACGUCACAAAACCUCAUCGCCUCCUCGCCAGCCGUCCCCCAUCGAGCUCGGCGUCUCAAACUUUCCUCCGCUCGGUGUGCAGAAGAAUAGCGAGCCGGCGGAACCGACAUCCAGCAGCCCUCAGGAGAUCCCCAGUGAGCCCCCCAAGAAGCUGAGCUACGCCGCGAUCUGCCAGAGGUCUUCGUCCGACGGGUCAGCGCUGCCCGCUGAAUCAGCCUCAGAAUCUCCCUCUGCCCCUUUGUCACAGUAAUUGUGAGUCAUAUUAGCUUAUUGCACUGGUGGUUUUAGUGUAGUGGUGUGGCUUUAAAAUCAUUCACAUUUAUUCAUAUCGUUUUAUUACUUUUGUCUUCUUUUGUUGCAGUUCCAGUAGAUUGUUGUGUUUCAUGGUGUUAUGUUGCGGUGGGGGCACUCCCUCACUUGGGGCCCUAUUCUGUGGGUUUUUUUUACACGCUCGAAGUUACGUACGUUCCUCUUAUUCCUAUUUUCCCGUCCACUCCUCCUUGUAAGUGAGACAAAAGUGCUCUCACAUCUUUUUUGCGUUAAAAUUGUGGAGAGUGCAGUUUUAGUAAUACCUCUGAAUGUCAGUGAAACCAAUGAAAAAGAUGACACUUCAAAUUUGAAAAGUCCAUAUUAAUCCAGGCAGUGCUUAUCUUGUAAACGUGUGUUGUCAUGGUGAUGUAGUGUCUUUAUUCAUGCUCCAGCAUGUCAUAUACAUGCAUGGAUGUGAAUAAUACAUACCGUAUUUUUUGAAACAUGGGGCGCACCGGAUUAUAAGGCACACUGCCGAAAAGGUCUUUUUCCAUACAAAAGGAGUCAUAUUAUGAUUUUUUUUUUCUAAAUGUAAAACACUUCCUUGUCUACAUAACGUGAUGGUGGUUCUUUGGUCAAAAUGUUGCAUUGUUUAUGUUUGCAGACCAUCUUCAAGUCGCUUUCUGACAGUCAAAACUUCGGUCUUAUUUACGUGGCUCACCUUCGGCAGCGUCUUCUUCCCGUCAUCUUUGUUGUAGCGGUGCAGCGUGCAAGGACGGGAGUGGAAGAAGUGUCAAAAGACGGAGCUAACUGUUUUGAUGACAUUCAGAUUUUAAUCAUCCGUGGUUCACUAGUGCAACAAUGCCGGAAAUGUGUCCCGAGAAAAACCAUCCGACCGGAACUCUCUAAUAACUAAAGUUCCUUGUGUGAAAAAUGUAAACUCACUACACUGGUAGUUUUUAGCACUUCCAUAGAAAGUUAGAACCUUACGCCACUUUAUAUUAGAAAUGGCAACAGCGGAUGAUGAAUGUCCCAUAACAAGAAGAUAGUGAAAAAGAAGAAGCUUAUCGACUAUGGCAUCGGUACGGACUACAGUGGCGAACUUGCGCUAAUGUUCAGGAUUUAUGCCGAUUUCAAAUACACAUCAGCAGGUACCAGAAGGUAAGAAAAGUUGGUUUUGCAACUUGGAUAAUGUGAAACAAAACAUCAGCUAAUAUGUCUGCUAGUGGGUCCUAUUUUGCAGUCCUUUUAUACACACACCAUAGUAAUACUUGUAUCUCUGACUACAGUAGCUGUAAUGGGCCGACAAUCCAUCAAGCGCUACGGCUUUAAAGUCAUAGUUAAACAUUUUGAUAGAUUUUUGAGUGUCAUGUGUAAUAUUCUUUAUAUAUGUGUGUAUAUAUAUGUAUAUAUAUAUGUGUAUGUAAGAAUAUAUACGUAUGUAUGUAUGUAUAUAUACAAAAUAUAUAUGUGCAUACAUACAUAUACAUGUGAAUGUACAUAUCUACAUAUAUGUAUGCAUAUGUGUGUAUGUAUAUUUAAAAAAUGUUUUAAUUUAAUCGAUUUUUUAAAAUGAUGAACAGAUUGAGAAUCUGAACCAAAAAAAUGCAAUGUGUGAAUUGAUAUUUUGUGCAUUCCUAGUAAAUGUCCAGGAUGUUCAAACAGCGUCCCCCUCCGCUGUGGUCACCCUCUGGAGAUCAUGAGGCGAAUUUUGAUAUUUGAUAGUUAUUACAGAGUGGCAUUAUGGUCCUUUUAUCCUAAUCUCAGUUUUCAUGUUUGUCGUGAUUGAAGCGAGCAGAAUAUAGUUAGUUGUCUGGAAGUUUCUUUAUUAUUUUAUAAUGGAUGUGAUGUGCACUGCAUGUAAAGUUACAGGGCAAUAUCAAGUUUCACCUUUUUGAACUCUUGGACUUCUUCCAAACUUGGAGGCACUCAAGCGAAAGUACUCAAGUCAAUGGGAGAAUACAAAGGGGUGGCCAUGUUUGACAGGGAACGCCCACAUUUAAAGGUUGUUCCAGUCAUAUCGGAUGAAGGCGUGAAAGGACAGACUUUAAGAACGCCGCGCAGUAACGCCCCUUUUUCAUUUCCCACCAACAAUAAGACAAAAGCACAGAAUUUUUGCAUGACUUUCAUUUUUAUUCUUUUUUUUAGUAUGUAAUUCCUUUUAUUAUUUAAUGACUCGGAAGUUUUGACUGUGACACAGAGUCCGUUUUUGUCUAAAUUGCUAUCGGCAGGCGUGAGUUUGUACAGAUGUAUAUACUACUGAGAAAUAUUAAAGUAAGUGCCUUUUGGUUGUAA